AAUCACGAGCGUCCAAUAGCGGAAAAGCGUGAUGGAGUACAGAGUGGUUGCAGCACCAGCUACCAACAUAUUCCUGUGUACGAAUUAAAUCUAAAUAUGAGCUGUUAUUAAUUUGCUAUUGCCAGUUUUAUAUAUCAAGAACUUUGCAGUGAGAAGCUGAAAUGAAGACACUAGUUGUAGGAGUUGGCGGUCAGGCUCUGGUACUGACUCAACAUGGAGUGAACUUCUACAUCACAGCAGCAAGGAUGACCAAUGGAGGAAAAUCUACUCUUUCAAGGAGUCUACACAAGCAGAUACCCAACAGCUGCAUCAUUGCACAGGACUCAUAUUUUAAGGAUGAUUCUGUGGUACCAGUGGACAGCAAUGGGUUUAAGCAAUAUGACAUGCUUGAUGCUCUCCACAUGGACACGAUGAUGAGCGAGGUUCUCUCAUGGCGAAGAGAUCCUGAGUCGUUCCUGAGGCAGCGAGGGCUGAACCCGGAGCACACAACACCAUCAGUCGAUAAGGAGGUGUUUGUGCUGAUAGUGGAGGGCUUCCUCAUUUUCAACUACAGGCCUCUGAAUGAGCUAUUUGACAAAAGAUACUUCAUGGAAAUACCUUAUGAUGCCUGCAAGAGGAGACGAAGUUCGAGGGUGUACACGCCUCCUGAUCCUCCGGGCUACUUUGAUGGACACGUGUGGCCAAUGUACCUGAAAAACCGUCAGGAGAUGGAGAGCAUGGUGUCUGGAAUUGUAUUUCUGGAUGGACUGAAGCCAAAGGAGGAGCUGCUGGCUGCUGUGUGUAAAGAUGUUUGUCAGGAAAUAAAAAGGCUCAGGGAAAAAGACUGAAAUGGUUGCAGUUUUAUUUGUUUACCUUUUUGAAGAUGGAGACUGCUGCUCCCAUGGAUGUCAGGAAAGUUCAUUUUUUGGACUAACGUGUGACUGAAAGGACCAAACCAAGUGUUUCUUUGGUCUUGUGUGAAUGUGCUAAUGUAUAUAUAAUCUACAAUAGUUAAUAUUGCUGAAAAGAGUAGACAGAGACUACAAGAAUCACAGUGAACCUGGUGUCUUACAGUAAAGUUAGGAAACCUAAGUAUAUGAUGUUUUAGUGACUUUAUGAGGUUGAUGCUGAAAACAGAAAAACAGUCGACUGACGUGACAUCUUAUGUUUUAUCUCUCACUGCAUUGUUUUUAUAACGUAUGGAGGGUUUUGAUCCAAAAGUCUGACUCUUUUUCUGUCUAACCAUACAUAUACUUCCAUAUUUAUUUUAUUAACUUGUGAUAUAAUUCCAGAUAACCAAAUGCAUAAAGCGUGCAUCAUUGCUAAAGAUCAUAUUAAGACUUUCUCACUCAUAUUUGGAUAUUACAAAUAUUAAACAAUGAUCAUUGCAUACUGUGGUUUGGUGAGCAUCGGUUUUUGUUUUGCAUGAUUUGUCAAAGACUGCUCAGUUUGGGUCCAUUAAAGCAGCUGCUUGUCUACAACUGCAACACACAUAGUUGACAGUUGUCAGUGUAUGUGUACCAUUGGUGGCAAUUUGUCUCCACCUGGUAGUUGAGUCACUGGAGACAGAGUACUGUAUGACCUGAAUACAAACUGUAUUCAACUCUGAUAAUCAGCAAAUGAUAAGGAAAGACACAUCACAACAGAAAGUCUCUUGUUGAAACUCAUUUUUCGUUUAUUAUCGUGAAGCCAAUUAGAAUUCAAAUUGUAUGUCCAAUCUAUGUGCAAGUUUUGGGAAAUGUGAGAGGAAACCGAAAUGGAAGAGAAUUCAACAAUAUAAAGUAUGCAAAGUUAUGCAAAGUUAUAUGCAGAGACCCCCAAACAACUAGUAGUAUACUAGAAUAACAAAUUUAUGGCCUCAGAUUUUCUGUGUCAGGCAGUUUGCGGUAAUUUGAUUAAACAAAGCUUUAUUUAGGAAUAUGCACCAUGUGAACACAAUAUAAACAUGAAUAAAAAAAGGUGUUAAAACUAAAUGAUCCCCUUUACAAAACAGGGCAAAAAACAUUAGCUAAUAAUGCAGGACCUGUUCAUAUUGUACGAUAGUGGUGCAAGUUCCCUAACAUAUUGUGGGUCUGUAAAUGAGGCAGUUUCCCACUUUGCCCAGCCUUAGUGCAAAAGCUUGAGGAAAAAAAAAGAAGAAGAAGUCAAAUGUUGCACAAUCACUCCAGUGACCGGUACCCUGUGGAGGUUUUUACCACCAGCUGUGUAGAAGAGCAAGGUUUUGUUGAGCUUG